AUGCCGAAGACCAGCAAGUUGAAGUUGCAGUCGGGAGCGUGGACAAUAAGCAAGCCGGGUAAGCCUAAUGGGGGAGAAGACGCUUAUUUCGCGUUGGAGCAUUUUGCUGGGGUAGCGGAUGGGGUGGGAGAAUGGGGAGAUUACGGAUGUUGUCCGAGACAGUUCGCUUUGGCUCUGAUGGAAGGUUCGCAAGAGAUGGCGCUACGUCAAGAGUUCCAUGCCCGUCCAAAUUGCGGGGGCGGGAUGGAUGGCCGUCGAGCGAGCGAGAGAGCCCUGUCGGUCCUCCGUUCAGGGUUCGAAAGGGCCUUGCAGGAGAAAGGGUGCUUUGGAAGUUCGACCUCGCUCGUGGUCGGCCUGGAUGCGAUGGGCGAGAAACUCGGAAUCGCCUGUCUGGGGGAUAGCAGCUGCAUUGUAUUGCGUCGUACCCGGCCUAUAUUCAGACAUAUGACCAUUACCCGACGAACCCGUGAACAGCAGCAUUUCUUCAACUGUCCUUAUCAGUUGUCAAGACUGCCCCAACCGGAAGAUAUUCCUCAGCUGGAGAACAGGGGCAUGUUCAAGCUUAUUCGGGUCCUUGCCAAUAUCCGCCCGGAGAUGUCCAGCGACUCUCCGGACCAAGCGGAUCUUAUUGAUAUACCUGUAAAGGAGGGUGACCUCAUUCUCAUCGGAACAGACGGCCUGUUCGACAACCUAUUCGAUCAGGAAAUCAUUGCCCUCGCUUCUCUGGCACUAAGUCCCUAUGAAGCACGCCUGUUCACUGGUCCAAAUAGGGAUAGGCCCAGUGAGCCGCCACAACACCCAGGCUCUACAGAAUCCAUGUUGUAUAAUGCGCGGAAAUGGACCGAGGACUGGGUCACCGGCAGGCGGGCUCCCCCUUCCGCGCUGGACCCUCCUUGUGUCAACCAAGACAAGACCAUUGCUACUCCGCCAGGACAUGUUGCGCGCGGCAUCGCCGAGGCAGCGUUUUACCGCUCCAUCGACAGCCGCGCCAAGUCCCCUUUUGCUAAGGCCGCCAGAGCUGCGGGCGCCUCCGCCGUCGGCGGAAAGCAAGACGACAUCACAGUUGUGGCGUGUUGGGUUGUUUCUACAGACUAA